AUGACCAUAUUUGAAAAUGUCACUCGGGCCCUGGCCAGACAACUAAACCCUAGAGGGGACCUGACACCCCUUGACAGCCUCAUAGACUUCAAGCGCUUCCAUCCCUUCUGCCUGGUGCUGAGGAAGAGGAAGAGCACACUCUUCUGGGGUGCCCGAUAUGUCCACACUGACUACACCCUCCUGGAUGUGCUUGAACCUGGCAGCUCGCCUUCAGAUCCAACAGACUCUGGGAAUUUUAGCUUUAAGAAUAUGCUGGAUGCCCGAGUAGAGGGAGAGGUGGACGUGCCAAAGACAGUCAAGGUGACGGGGACUGCAGGGCUGUCCAGGAACAGUACCCUGGAGGUCCAGACACUCAGUGUGGCUCCUAAGGCUCUGGACACCUUGCACGAGGAGAGGAAGCUGUCAGCCGAGCACCCGUUCCUGAAGGAGAUGCGAAGCCGAGGGGAGAACCUGUACGUGGUGAUGGAGGUGGUGGAGACUGUGCAGGAAGUCACUCUAGAGAGAGCCGGCAAGGCGGAGGGCUGCUUCUCCCUCCCGUUCUUCGCCCCGUUGGGACUACAGGGAUCCAUAAACCACAAGGAGGCCGUAACCAUCCCCAAGGGCUGCAUCCUGGCCUUUCGAGUGAGACAGCUGAUGGUCAAAGGCAAAGAUGAGUGGGAUAUUCCACAUAUCUACAGUGAUAACAUGCAAACCUUCCCUCCUGGAGAAAAGCCAGAGGAGAAGUUCACCUUUAUCCUGGCAUCCGAUACUGGUAAGGAAUUUUGGGAGGAACAUGAGGACUUCAAGACACUAAAAGAAGAAGUUCAAAGAGAGAUCCAAGAAGUGGAGAGGCUGAGCCGAGUAGGGCAAAGCUCCCUGCUCACCUCCCUCAGCAAACUUCUCGGGAAGAAAAAGGAGCUACAAGACUUGGAACUCACGCUUGAAGGGGCUCUAGACAAAGGACAUGAAGUGACCUUGGAGGCACUCCCAAAAGAUGUCGUUUUACCAAAGGAGGCUAUGGGUGCCAUCCUCUAUUUCCUUGGAGCCCUAACAGAGCUAAGUGAAGCCCAGCAGAAGCUUCUGGUAAAAUCGAUAGAGAAAAAGAUCCUACCCAUGCAGCUAAAGCUGGUGGAGAGCACAAUGGAACAGAAUUUCCUACAGGAUAAAGAGGGGGUUUUCCCUCUGCAGCCUGACCUGCUCUCCUCCCUUGGGGAAGAGGAACUGACCCUCACAGAGGCCCUAGUGGGGCUGAGUGGCCUCGAAGUGCAGAGAUCGGGCCCGCAGUACAUGUGGGACCCAGACACCCUGCCCCGCCUGUGUGCCCUUUACGCUGGCCUCUCCCUCCUGCAGCUCCUGACCAAGGCUUCCUAACUUGCCUCUUCCACCUGCUUCCUGCUUCCCCAAUGCCUUCCUACCUCAUUGUGCUCAGAGCCACCAGGCUGAAGAUGACAGAAAGCCUAGCUGAUCACCUAAGAUAAGCAAUUUCCACUCAUCGAGCUCUCUCUGUCCCCCCACCCCUGCAGUUCUGCAACCCAUCUGCUGAUGCUUGAAUCUUCUACCAGUAGAAACUUCCAAACUUUUAAAACUAUGAACCAUUUCAGCAAAACCAAAACUAAUUCAUUUCCUAUUCCAAUGCUUCUGCUUCUGCUUCCAAAAAUCAAGUUCUACUGGCAUUAAUGAAAAAUAUUAUUUUACUUUGGAUGAAAUGUCUUUUGAUGUUUUUCUUAACUUAUGCC